AUGGAAGUGUGGAAAAGGAAUGGGAUGAGGAAAUGGAAGAGAUUGAAAAGUAGUAGGAUGUUAAAGAGCUUAAAACGGGGACAACAGAUGAUCGAUCGUCAGGGAAUUGGGAAGUUAAGAGAUAUGAGAGCGGGGAUGAGGAAGGAAGCAUACUUCAUUGGCAAUUUCGAGAAUUUUGAAAUUCUUUCCUCGAGAAUGGUACUUCUACCCGUCUCUUUAAUCCUAAAAAUUACGAAAUGGAGCAAAAAACAAAUAUGUCGGAGAGGAUGGAAGAUUGAAGAAAAUAUUUUGGCCGAUGAAGAAUAUAAUUUCAUACCAAAAUCAGCUAAUCUGUUCCAUGCAUAA